AUGGGAUGUAGGAGGUGGUGGUGGAGUGACGCCAGAUCCAGGGAGGUUGGGGGUCGGGCGGUGCCUGGAGCGAGGAAGGAGGUGGGGGCGAGGCGUCGCCGGGAUCCUAGGAGAUUGGGCGCCGGGAGCAAGGAAGGAGGUGGGGGCGAGGAGUCGCCGGGAUCCGAGGAGAAGGUGGGGUGUGGGCGGCGCAGGGAGCCGGGGGGAGAUGGGGACGGGCGGCGCCAGGAGCCGGGGAGCGGGCGGGGGCCGGCGGUGUCAGGAGCGGUGAGAGGAUGGGGGCAGAGCCGUGCUGGGAGCCAGAAGAAGGUGAGAUCGGGAUGGGUCGGGAGGGUGGGGUGUUUCUUUGUUUUUCUCGUGCAGUAA